AUAUUGAAUAUUAAAACAAAUCAUAUUUGAUUUAUUUACGAUUAUUUUUCGAGUGAAUUUUGUAUUUUUAAGUGAAAGGAAGAAAAAAAAGGAUCUACAACCCAUGUCACGUGAUCACACAACCCGGAAAUACACUGUCCGCUGGGUGACGGCGAUGUUCUGACGGGAGCAGGCUGCAUCAGAGACGUGAUCAUGUCAUAAAUAACAUGUGUGUUAUUGCGUUGCUCUCAUCGAUUUGUCUGCCGCGCUGAAAUCGCUUAGGUCAAGAAUACUCCGCGGAUCUGUCGGCAGCACCAGCGCUGGUUUAAAUUCAUGGACAAAGACAAGUGCAGCGACAUUCAUGCUCAGUGCUCCUGGAUGGAGAUGCAUCAGUUCAUUGGAGAGCUUAUCACAUCUGGAAGCGCCUCAAAGGAUCAGCCAGAUGUGCUGAACGCAGCGUGGGGCGUGACUGCUGCUUCUGCUGGUGGCGUAGGCGGUGGAGUAGGUGGAGUAGGUGGUAUAGUGUCACUUGAAGCUCUGCAACCGCCUCGACCUGCCCAAGACAAGUCUGAAGCAGGGCCUGGCAGACAGAUGCCGCCCGGGGCAGCGCAGAGGAAGGGAGAGGCCAGAGACAGGAGGGAGGAUGUGCAUUAUGCCUGCACAUGCCCAGGCUGCCCUUACUCCACGUACUCCUUACGCCACCACUUUUCGGACACGGAGCCGAGCAGCAGCAGCAGCAGCACCACCACCGUGCCGCCUGAGCUGGAGACCAGGACGUCCAGCCGACCGCAGAGGGAGGAGGAGGCGGGCAGAGGGACUCGGAGCCCGGACCACAACCCGGACGCUCCUCCCUCCAGAGCGUCCCUGUCCCACCUCUCCAUGUUUCCCUGCUUGUGUUGCCAUCGCGGCCUCCAAGCCUGCACCCAGAUCCUGAGCCAGCAGGAGGGCACGGACUCCCCGUUCUCCCACACCCACGCGCACCACCACUUCCACCACCACCACUGUCCCGUCACCUCGUGCCUGCCCUGCCCUCAGCUCGCGCGCUCUCACGCUCCACAGCUCCCCGGCUCUUUCCCCUGCUUGUCCUGCCCGCACGCGCUGCCCGCCUGUACCCAGGAGUGCCACCACCACCAGCAGCAGCAGCAGCACAGACAAAGCCAGCAGCCCGAGGAGAGGGGCAGGGCGAACAUGCUGUCGCUGCACCCCUGCAUGCACUGCCCCGCCUCUUUCCCCAGACCGUCCCAGCUGCUGCAGCACCAGCGCUCCGAGCACGCGCACAAACCGUCGGGCUUCCUGUGCACGGAGUGCGGCAGGGCCUUCAACUCGCACAGCAACCUCCGCAUCCACCUCAACGUGCACACCGGCGCCCGGCCCUACUCCUGCUCCGACUGCGGGAAGAGUUUCAGCCAGUCCGGGGCCCUGAAGAUCCACAGGCGCAUUCACACGGGAGAGAGGCCGUACUCCUGCGGCUUCUGCGGCAGGGGGUUUCCGCACCUGGCCGGGGUCAGGGCCCAUCAGAGGACCCACACGGGAGAGAAACCCUACCGCUGCGGCCAGUGUGGGAAAUGUUUCACCCAGUCGGGUGCUCUGAAGAUCCACACCCGCAUCCACACAGGAGAGAGGCCCUUUAUCUGCAGCCUCUGCGGGAAAGGCUUCUCCAACCGCUCCGGGAUCCGCUUCCACUACCGCACAGUCCACGGACUGAACCCCGAACACACCGGAGAAGCAGGAGCCGGUGGUGCAUCUCAGGGACCAGCAGGCCGCGGUUAUCCUCUCGGGCGUCCCAGGACUUUCCCCCCAGCAGGCGCCGGGUUAAACACAGCCAACAGCACGGAAAGCAGCUCACAUGCAGCUCUGAGCGUCAGAGAUGCUCCCGCGUCAUCCUCUUUGGUCCUGCUUGAGAGCAAAUCUCAGUCAGAGGGCGCAAACCCAGGCGGCAACAGAGAGGGGCUUCUGUAUGCAUGUGAGGACUGCGGCCUGCGUUUUAAGGAUGCUCCGUCCAGGAACAGACACCAGACUCUGAUGCACUACUCCUCUGAGGGGAGAGAGCAGGAGGAGGAAGAGGAAGAGGAGGAGGAGGAGGGGCAGAGGCAGAGGCAGAGGAAAGAGUUAAGCACAAAUGAGCGGGUUGGAAAAAGCAGUCUAUGAAUACAUCACAACAUGAAAAUCCUGGAAAGGAAAGAGCAAAUAGAGGUAAAAAAACAAAACAAAAAACAUUUAAGGUGUUAACGUGUUGGGACUCUUUUCAAUUUGAAAAGUCUCUGAUAUUGCACAAAAUUUUAAUAGACUUAAAUCAAUUGUUUCAAUUACAGAUUUGUGACUUCUUAAAAGGAUUUCAAGAGUGAAUUCUUCAGAUUUUAUAUUCUGAAUCCAAACUAUGCCUGUUUUUCCUGAUUAAUGAUAAGAUAAAAGUUGUACGGAAGCCAAUUUCUGCCAAAAAAUGAUAUCACAUUAUCAAAAUAAUGAGAUGCAAAGUCAUAAUUAUGAGAUAAAUCAAAUUUAUAAAAACAAUCCAAACUAGGGCACUAGUUUCGAUCAUUUUUUCUCUUUAAAUGGCAGAUAGGAGCUUCCAUGACUUUCAGAUUGGUUGACACUUUUGUAACUGAGGCAUCCAUUUGUCCGUUUGUGCAGAUUAAUCAUUGCUAGAGGUCAACCUUAAAAUAACCUUAAACACACACCAGGCCAACUCCUCAAGUACUUCUUCUGAAUACAGUUGUUUUAUUGUGCCUUACUCAGCUGAAGAAGAGGUUAGCGAAUUCAUCGCUAAAUGUGACACCACAAAAGUAUUUCUAGAAAAUUACAUUUCUGAGGGUCUUUUAGUAACACUUUCGUAUAUACUGGAUGACUAUCACUGCCACCUGACCCUUGUAACAGGAAAAAGUACAAUUUUCUAUUUUCAGCCAGUGUUAACAACAAAUUAAGAUCUUUAGUAAUUUAAUUUGUUUAAGACCUGUAUCUCCCAUACAAAUUCUGAGACAAUCCAAAGGACUUUGCAUAGCAUGGAACAUUAAGAAUACCUUGGUAUUUUCACUUAAUUCUUUAAGUGUUUCUCAUUUAUGGGAAAGUUGCUGCACCGUGGUAAAGACUUUCAAAAAACAAGAAUUCCUCAUAAUGGAAUUGUUUUAUAAUGUCACGGUUUUGUGAUAUUCUGCCAGCCAACAUGACAGCAGCUCUGGAGUUUGUCUGAGGUAUGUGUUUCUUGCUCAAGGACACCACAUUAGGCAGAUCCUCCUUCCUAAUCACAGCAUCACCUUACCUGUUGUGCCUUUUUAGUUACACUACUGUAAUCCAAUCAUUUUCUAAACCACCGUUUGUUACUUCAGUAAGUAUGUUAGAAAUGGAUGGUAAUUAUCUGAGGAAACCAGCACACAAACAUUGCUGUUAGAUGUUUAAAGCUAAAGAGAGCCACCUAGUGGUUACACACAAUCAUAGCAUCAAAUGUAACCAUUUGUUUCAGUGUCCCUUUAUAGUGCUUAGUAAAUGUUUUUUUUAGUUUUUUUUAUAACAUGUAGGAAUUAUACAUUGUGAACACAAAUUUCACACAAUAUGUAUAUUUUUGCGUUAACCUGUUAAAUAGACAUACAUUGCUGUAUGUGUUUUCUGAAAGUGCAGUUUGUGAUUAAACAUUUCAAUAAACAGUAUCUCUGAGACACUGA